AUGGAUUGCAGCUGUCCUCCAUCACCACCAGGAUCCGGACUUUCAAGGCCCUUGCCGUGGGAUCGCUUGAUGCAGAAACUGUUCGAACAUAACCUUACAAGUCAAAUUCUGAACACAAACGAGUCGAAACGAAGAAACUCAGGAAGCACAGUAGAGCUAAAGGAUCCUUUCGAAGAAACCCUUUGUGCUGAAGUUAUGACGUUCAUCUCCCAAACUCUGAGCGAAACCAAAGUCGGUGUCCUUGGAUGCUCCAGCCUUCUCAUCCCUGGCGAAUUGCUGGAGCACAUUGGCCAGGAGCUCCUCCACCUGGCCGACAGCGAGCCCUGCGGUUUACGGGGAGCCGUUCUCGACGUGUGUGUGGAGAACAAAAAUUCCCGUCAAAGGGUGGAACAGUUUGCCGUGGACCCUUAUGUCGUGCCAACUUUCCAUCUCACGCUCGUGCUAAGGCCAGACCUUGAGGGACUGUGGCCAAGGUUCGCGAGACGGCUAGGUCACUCAUUCAGACUAAGUACAAGCUUCAAAAUCAUCAAACAGAAACUGUACUGCUCAGGAGAACUUAUUACCGAGGAAUUCUGA